AUGCCGCCGGCACGAAGAAAGGUUGCUGCCCGCAAAAACGCUUCCAAGACUAGAAGACGGCAACCCUCGUCUUCUCCUGAAGAGCAUGUAGAACCCACACCACCGUCCUAUCCUGAAAGGCAACCCUCCCCUGAAAGGGAGCCUACUCCGCCGCCACCCCCACAGCCACCAAGGGUUCUCCAUGAACAGGCUCUCAACACUCUCACAGACGAGUGGGAGCCAAGACUCUUCCCCAGAAAAAAGGCCUGGGAUUUCUUGCUAAAGCAUCUAAAGCGGAAGAUUAUUACAGAGAGGGGAAUCGGCAAAGACAGUGCAACUUUUGCCUACAUCAAACGCCAUAGAUGGGAGACAUUGGCAAAGGAAGGUGCAGACUGGGAAAAGGAUGAUCAGGACAAUCCCUUAGGAUUCCCAGCUAAUGCAUUGCAAACGCUUGAUCUGAACUUAUGGCAUCAUUUCAUCUGCUGCAACCUGAUGUCGACGUCCUACACUACCAAGGUUGCCUACGAACAGGCUCUGUUGUUGUAUGUCAUUGUCACAGACAUACCGUUUGAUGCAGCAUCAAUGAUCCGGGAUCAAUUCACCAGAUGUAUCAAAGAUCCCAAGGUGAAGAGCUGGUACUUCCCAGUUAUGAUCACCAUGCUUUGCAGAAGGGCAGGGAUGACCUUUUUGAGCACAGACACUGAGAGCAGCCUGCAACAACCUUUAAGGCUUUCUAAAUUGGAUCAGAGACCUCCAGGUGCAUCUUCUUCAGGACAAGCAGCACCUACACCAACUCCAGCUGGACAAUUGAGGCAAAGAGACUUCAACAAGCAGACUCGGUUCAUCCUGGAUUAUGUCCACCAGUGCUAG